GAGAGUGCGCCGAACACCUGCCAUCGCUCCAAGUCUAGACUUUUACCGCAGAGCGAAGUCUUCGCGGUGUGUCGGUAUAGUCUACCCUCUCCGCAUUUUUCUUUUAUCCGCCAGAAGUUCAACGCUGAUUUGAUUCUUGGACUCGAAUUAUUUAACUCCAAGCGAAGAGGACGGAUAGAUUGGAAAGCCGUAGCGCUGCGCUUUAUUAUGUAAAUGGUGUCGACGUACACAAGCUACAUAUAGAUACAUUAUUUUCAUUUUGGUGAUUUUGAUUUUUGCGUCGAAAUAUUUAAUACACUUUCAAGGGAUUUCAGUUGUUUCUGUUCCAAACUGCGUUAACUCUCCAACACUUUGCGCGGAGCGAAGGAAUGUGGCGAUAACAUCUUAUCCUACCUGCACCCGCCUAAAUAAGUGCCAACGGGUUUCGUUUUGUCAACAGGAGUAAGAAAGCCAGGAAAACAUAAGGUCUGUGUUGGUUAUCUGAGUGGAUCUGAGGCAUGGCUGCCCGUCCGCCCCUCCCCGUCACCGUGGCGAUGCUGCUGCUGCUGCUGGCUCCGUGUGUGUGUGCUCUCUCCAGCGGUCAUCGCAUCGCCCCCAGAGUACGCUUAUCUUUCAAAGAGCUGCUGGACACCCGGGCGGCUCGUCCCUUCAGCUUCUCCUUCAACACCAGCGACUACCGGAUCCUGCACGUGGACCCAGACCAGGGACGGCUCUACAUGGGCACCCGUGAGUUCCUGGUGUCGCUGGACAUGCAGAACGUCAACAAGGAGCCACUCAUUAUUCACUGGCCCUCCUCCACCCAGAGGAAAGCAGAAUGCCAGCUCACAGGAAAGGGAAGGCAGGGUGAAUGUGCCAACUUUGUGCGCUUGAUUGAGCCGUGGAACCGAACUCAUCUGUACACAUGUGGGACAGGAGCCUACAGACCCAUCUGCACUUACAUCCACAGAGGCUGGAGGGCAGAGGACUAUCUGUUCCGGCUGGUUCCGGGUCAUGUGGACUCAGGGAAGGGCCGAUGCUCCUACGACCCCAACCAGCAGGGCGUUUCCGCCCUCAUCAAUGGUAACCUGUAUGCAGGAGUCCAUGUGGACUUCAUGGGAACGGACCCAGCCAUCUUUAGAACCAUGGGGAGCAGACCAGCGACCCGAACGGAACAAUACGAUUCCAGAUGGCUGAAUGAACCUGUUUUCACUCAGAUCCACAUGAUUCCAGACAGUGCGGAGCGGAAUGAUGAUAAGCUUUACUUUUUCUUCCGAGAGAAGACUCUGGAUACGGGGGGCGGGGCCAGCCCAAGUGUCUUGGCCCGGGUUGGACGAAUCUGUCUGAAUGACGAGGGCGGCCAGAAGUCUCUGGUGAACAAGUGGACCACGUUCCUGAAGGCCCGGCUGGUGUGCUCCGUCAUAGGGGAGGACGAGGUGGAGACCUACUUCGAUGAGCUGAGGGACGUUUUUAUCCAGCCCACUCAGGACGAGCGAAACCCAGUGGUGUAUGCCGUCUUCUCCACGGCAGGCUCGGUGUUCAAAGGCUCGGCGGUCUGCGUCUACUCCAUGUCUGACAUACGAAACGUCUUUAAUGGACCCUUCGCCCACAAGCACGGCCACAACUACCAGUGGACAGCCUACACGGGCAAGAUCCCUUACCCUCGGCCUGGCACAUGUCCUGGGGGAACCUUCACUCCCGGCCUGCGCUCCACUAAGGAGUUCUCGGACGAGGCGGUGAACUUCAUCCGCAGCCACCCCCUCAUGUACCACCCGGUGUACCCCAUCCACAAGCGCCCCCUGGUGGUCAGGACCGGAGUGGACUACCGCUUCACCACCAUCGCCGUGGACCAGGUGGACGCAGUGGAUGGCAGAUACGAGGUGCUGUUCCUGGGGACAGACCAAGGGACAGUGCAGAAGGUCAUUGUGCUGCCCAAAGACCCCAGCACCAUGGAAGAGCUCACUCUGGAGGAAGUGGAAGUCUUCAGGACACCUGCUCCUGUCAAAACUAUGAAGAUCUCAGCCAAAAGGCAACAGUUGUAUGUGUCGUCGGACGCUGGCCUUACCCAGGUGUCUUUGCACCGCUGUGGGGUUUAUGGGAAGGCGUGCUCCGACUGCUGUCUGGCCCGCGACCCCUACUGUGCCUGGGACGGAGAAAACUGCGCCCCCUUCACACAGGCCACCAAAAGGCGGAGUAGGAGGCAGGACAUCAGGCACGGGGAUCCACUGCGUCAGUGCCGAGGCUUCAACGCUAAAGUGGAGAAGCGUCUGAAGGAGAUUGUGCAGUUUGGAGUGGAGGGCAGCAGCACCUUCCUGGAGUGCCAGCCCCGUUCCCCCCAGGCCUCCAUCAAAUGGCUCUUUCAGACCGACGGCAAGAGGAAAGCGUUGAGCCGAGACCGUGAGGUGCUGAAGACUCCGCACGGCAUCCUGCUGAAGUCCCUGUCGCAGGCCGACGCCGGGCUCUACCACUGCCUGGCCACCGAGAACAACUUCAAGCACACCAUCGCCCGCGUCUCCCUGCGCAUCCUCGACCGCCAGAUCGCCGUGGCGCUCACCUCGCCCGACGACGACGACGACGGGGAGGGCCACGUCAACGACGAGCGCAAGGCGCGACCACAACACAGGGACCCCUCGUCCCAGGGGAAGUCCGCCGCGGCCCAGCCGUGGCCCAGCGACCCCCUGCCCUCACAGCCGGAGGUCAGGCUCAUCCACCAGUACUGCCAGUCUUACUGGGAGCAGCUGGGAGCCCAGCAGCAGCAGCAGCAGCAGAAGAACAAGCUGAAGAGCCGCAGACACACAGAGAACCAGGCGUCCAGCGGAGGAUGAGGAGGAUGAGGAGGA